AUGAGUGAAAAUAAGUUGUUUCUACAUAUUGUGCUCUCAGUCCUAUUGUCGGUCACAUAUAUGUCUAUUAUAUCAAAGCAUUUCAGUUGUGAGGCAUUAGCUCUUAAAUCAAAUGCAGACAAUAGUUCUCCGACGCGUCCCUUAUAUCCGAAACAAAGCAUUAAAGACGCCGUUCCUCCCAACCCUUCCAUAGUCGACAGCAAAGCCGCUGUCGCUCUGCAGCCGCCGAGCAUUUUAUCGGAUUAUUAUAACUCCAUUAUCGCAAACUCGGCCCAAAAUAUGCGUCGACUGCAACUCAAUAGUCCCAACAGUUGGCCCCAACAGGACUUCAUGUCCCCAAACAAUGUCAUUGAUAAUGAAUACGACGGACAGACAGACGACUAUUAUAACGAUGACAAUACCGAUGUGUUGCGAUCGCCGGCGAGUGAUAUCUAUUACGGUAACGANUAG